AUGCCACUCGAGCAUUUUGGCCCGUCUUUCUCGCAGGACACGGCUCGCGGCAGCCCAGGUGCGCCCAGAGCCGAGAGCGAGCUGGGUUUGGGACGGACCGCGGCGCAUGUGCAAGAUGCGCGCGAGCGCGAUCCAGCACAAACGGCUCGAAUGAAUGAACGGCGCAAGUCCGGCAGCCGCGAUUUGCGCAACGACGAUGCGAUUUUGUCCAAGCUUGCGGGUGUGAGUCGCUCCGUUAGUUGGGGCCGCGCCACUUGCCAUGCGGAGAAAGAGAGGCCACAUGAGAUGCGCAUGGAACGCACACCGUCGCAGCACGGCACUUUGCGCCGCAACUACUCACAUAACAGGCGUAUCCCUUGUCGUACGUCUUCACUCUCCAUGCCCUCUGGUUUCAACAUGCAAAGUAUACCCAAAAGCCAGGAUGAUGAGCUGGGCGCGUCGUAUAAAUCGAGCCCUGCGUCUUCUACUGCGCUUUCAUUGCGGUCUUUGUCGAGCUUGGGAGCCGCGGGCCAGGAUAGCCGCACGCCUGUCGUCCGAGAGCAGGACAAGACUACACGUUUGGACGGAGCAACGGUGAACGAGAUCCUCGCGUGGCAAGUGUCGAAAGGGGAGCGGCGCUGCAGUGCAGACGCAAGUGCGCUGCAGCCAGCCAUCACCCAAGUAUCGAAAGCGCUCCCUCCCAUGCCUGUGGAAGGUGACCUGCGCGAGCUGCCGCCGAUCCCCGGGAAAUUGUGCUUCGAAGGCGCUCUUCCUUGCGCCGCGUCGAUCGAAAAAGAGGGUUGUGAGCUUGGGAGGGCGGGCGAGAAAACGGCACACCACAUUGUCGACCCGUCCCUCGAGAUGCCCAGCUCCUCCCCCUAUGACCUGGCUUCAUUUUCAUCACGCAGGCACGCGAGCUCUUUUCAGCGCAGGCCCUCGCUUACAGCCUCUUCGACGUAUGCAUCGACUGCGUCUCUCGGCGCUGACGACACGCCUGGCCAAGAUGUGUCGCAAGACUCGCGCGUCUCGCGCACGCGGCUAACGCGUCUCUUCUCGCGUCUCUUCCUCGAGCAGCGCUCGCAAAGUGUAGGCGCGCGUGGAAGCAGUCCCCUGCCCGAGAGUACGAGCCGCUGCUCAUCGCCGCCGCUUGCAGCGCCGGCCACGGUGGCCCCACUGCAGCUUGCAUCUGCCCAGGUGCACCCACGACCUGUGCGCUCGACCAUGGUCCACCCCCCCUUGACUCACUACGACCUCCAUGAUGAUAAUGCUUACGAAAUUCACGGCUUAACGCUCAGUGCCACGCCCGUACGAGGUCUUUCGCCGACCAGCACAUGUUUUCCUUCCGGGACCAGUCUCAAUCUCGCAGCGCCAGCCGCUUCCAUGCCUCCUAUAGCCCCUGUAUUGGAGACGCAUGCGGAGAAGGAGAACGAGCGCAUGCUGGACUCGUAUGAGGUCAAAGCCGAGAUCGGCGGCGGCACCUAUGGGUUUGUCUAUCGUGCCGUGGACAAGAACACAGACGAGGCGGUGGUGAUCAAGUACAUUGUCAAAAACUCGAUCCUCGCCGAUUCCUGGCGGCGGCACCGUUUCUACGGCACGAUCCCCACCGAGAUCUUUGUGGUGCUGCAGCUACAAAGCUCGCCGUACGUACCGCCAGCCACUGCCCCUCCCUGGAUUCUGCACCAAUCGCACUGGAUGCGGAUGCAGCAAGAUAUGCUGGCGAGCCAUCAAACGGACGAUAUACAGGGCCACCCCGGCAUAUGCAAGCUCAUUGACUUUUUUGAAGACGACGAAUAUUACUACAUGGUGAUGCCUCUAUUUGGAGACGGCCAGGACCUGUUCGACUUUGUCGAGUCUGCGCCGUACGGCUUGGACCCCCGCGACGUGCGUAGUUUCCUCGGCCAGGUAGCCGAUGCGAUUGCGUUUAUGCACGAGAAUGGGAUCGUCCACCGCGAUAUCAAGGAUGAAAACGUGAUCUUGGACAAGUUUGGCAUGGUCCAACUGAUUGAUUUUGGGAGUGCCGCACGUACUCGGCCGCACGGCAAGUUUGACACAUUCAGCGGCACUGUAGACUGCGCGGCAGCCGAGAUUAUCCAAGGGGAGAGCUACGCCGGCCCGCCGCAGGAUGUUUGGGCAUUCGGCGUCCUCGCCUACGUACUCAUCUGCGGCGAAUGUCCGUUCCGCGACGCCCAAGAAGCGAUCCAAAGCCUUGCUUCCAACUCGCGACCGCUGCAGGUGCUCCAGCACUACUGCUUCGACGAGCGCGCCGUGCCACAGAGCGGUGUGCAUCCUCGACCGCAGGCCUUGGAGGAGAAUGCUUCCUCCGCGGAGCUUGCAGGCGGCGCCGACCUCCGCCAAGCGUACGAUCUCGUGGUCCAAUGUCUCCAGCUCGAUCCCGAGCUGCGCCCUCCCGCUGCACAGAUAACACAACACCGAUUUAUUACGGGGCCCGCCGGCUGGACUGGAUGCGAGGGCUGGCGCACGUAG